CGUUAUUUUUGUACGCACACCCCCGCCGCCGCUAAAUGCUAGCGAAGAGGUUGUUGUUGUUUUUAAGCGGGCUUUCGUUUCCUUACAUGUAAGAACAGUCAAUCACUGAAUCCUCUCCGUCGGAGCCCACGAUGGCGGACUCCGACGAGCUGAAGCUGGACUUCAGCCUGAAGGAACUGACCGUGUCGUGCCGGGCGGAGGGCGGCGACGUGCCCGGCGGCUCGUCCACCGUGGAGCUGCGGGACGAGCGGCUCGUGUGCGUCGAGUAUCCGGCGGCGGUGCGCAGCGAGGCCAAGAUGCUGGAGACGCUCGGGGGCGAAAGAGCGGUGUCCAAAACCUUCUCUCAUCCCAACCGGCGCCUUGAGCUGCGUUUCCGACCCCGGGACCCCUUCUGUCACCCUCUGUGCGGAAACCGGUUCCCGUCCAGCAACCUCCUGCUCCGGGUGCGGCGGCGGGUGCGGAAGAAAGACCCCGUGGACGCCGAGAUCCAGAUGGAUUUGCUCGGAGUCAUAGGAACGACGUACAAGUUUCAAGGGAUGGCAGACUUCCAGUGCCUCGCUGUGCAUCCAGAAGGUGGGAAACAAACGUCGUUGUACGACAAAAUCAUCCUUCGCAAGUCAGAGAAUCAGGAGUUCUUCGAGCGGCCCAUGCCGUACUUUCUCCCGCCGCCUAUCUUCUCGCGUCUCGACAGCCCUGUGGAUUAUUAUUACCGGCCUGACAUCCGUCACAACCAGGUCCCCUUCAACAAGACUAACAUCAUCGGCCUGAAUCGCGUUCGCCGGCCCAACAAUGCCAUUUUUGUCAGCUUCGACGAACCCACUGUGCCCACAGAGUGUGUGGAGGCGGCCAAGCUCAACUGGGCACGGGUCUGCCUGAAGGACUCCGACAAAGGGAUGGAAGAACAACUCGUAAAGAUGUUUGAGAGCCGUCCCAUCUGGUCACGGAACGCCGUCAGGGCCAACAUCAACAUCCAAACUGAUAAACUGAAAGGGCUGCUGCCCGUGUUUGCCUAUUACAUGGUGACGGGACCGUGGAGAAGUCUGUGGGUGCGGCUGGGCUACGACCCCCGGAAAAACAAAGAGGCCAAGAAAUACCAGAUGCUGGAUUUCAGGAUGCGCUGCAGCCUCAAGCACGGCUACUCACUGUCUGACAUGCCUGUAAAAGCCAAGAGGAGCGCCCUCAACUACAGUCUGCCGAUCAUGGUGAACAAAGCGGGUCACCAGCCAGCCAGUGUGAUUGACCUUCCAGCUCAUGAGGGUCCAGGUUCCAGUCGAGAUACAGUCCCACUCACGUACCAGCUGAAGGAGUCGGCCUACAUUUUCCAGGAGGGCAUGUUGCCUCCUCACAGACAGAUGUUUUACCAGCUCUGUGAUUUGCACGUGGAAAGUCUUCAGCAGGUGAUCGAGCAGAACCGUGGUGAUGAACAGGUGUGUGACGAGCGCGACGGCUGGUGCGUCAUCGGCACCACCGACAAGCUGAGGGAUAUGAUCACGGCCAUGAUCAGGAAGGUCGCACGGACACUAAAACCAGCAUUGCCAGAAACCCCUAGGAGAAGUACACGCAAAGGCUCAAGUUUCAAAUCCUCAGUGAGAGAUGUCCACGCAGAUGAGGAGGAGGAGGAGGAGGAGGAGGGAGAGAACGAGGAAGAUGACGAUGAUGAAUUUCAGCCGUCUGAGGGAAGUGAAAACGAGAUGGAGACAGAGAUCCUGGAUUACAUGUGACGAAGAACAAUCACUCUGAUGACACUUUGUCAUUGUCUGUCACUAAUUUUGUAUCAUUUGCUUCUGUAAAAUGUGAUUUAGUUAAAUGUAAAUAAAAAAAGAAGUAUUUCUA